AUGCGGGAUUCUCCCGAUGCGUUUACCGCAAGCUUGGAGACGGAAGAGGCGCAUCUCGUGGAGAAGUGGCAAGAGCGCAUCCAACAAGGUGUGGUCGUCUUUUGUGCUUCUGCCGGAUGCGAUGUGGGCUUUGCGUGGGUUGUGCGGAGAGGAGAUGCGGUGACCCUGGGCUUAUGGGUUUCCCCGGAGCACCGCUGCCGUGGGAUUGGAGCUGCACUUCUGGAUGCAGCUAUCCAAUGGGCACGCGGUGUGGGAGCGAGAAGGGUCUCGCUGAACGUCGCAGACGGGAACGAUGCUGCCAUGCGGUUAUACCAGAGAAUGGGCUUCCAGCGCACAGGUGCUAUCGCAGCCCUUCCACCUCCACGUGAGCACCUCUCGAAGCACCAGUUCGCCUUGGACCUCUAA